AUGGCGCAACCCACCUCACCAACCUCCAGCUGGACCUUCAACCGGGCUGAGGGCCCAUGGCUUCUCUCGUACAAUCGCAAACUGCGGAACCUGGUCUCUAUUUCAUUGCGAAACCUCAACUUGACACCAACGUCUCCUUUCCGCAAGAGGGGCAAAACGAUUGACGACGAUGCCCUCCCAAACACGCUCAACUCUCCCGCGAAACUGGUUGCUUUGAGAGAACAAAAGGCAUUGGGCAUAUCAAGGAGCUCAACAGACUUGAGAGCAGUAGCUGAGAAUGCGGUGUCGGAGGCGGAAGACGUCGAAUCAACAAUAACAGGAGGUGCCAAUGGCAGUCCAAAGAGCGGAAAGGAGAGGCAGAGGAGACAGAGCGCGACCGCAGCUAGACCGCGAAGACCAGAGUUUAGGAAGCUCAGGCGGCGGAGUACGCUAGAAUGGGCGCAGUCAACACCCCAGAAAAGACAAGAGCGACUGGAGAAGACAACCAAAGAACGGAUGGCUGAUGUGUUCUUCACUCUGCAUAUUCAUGGCGUUGAAGAGCCCGUAUACGUGUCUGAAAUUAUUCAAAAGACGAUGAAUCCCACAUUCCGUCACGUCGACUGGUCGCAUUGCGGGCCUGGAGUCACCAGAUUGGAUCAAAUUACAGUGCACGUCUGGGUGAAAGGUGGUAAAUUUGAUGAAUGGCGACAGCUUUUACAGCUUGAGCUGCAGUUGACUGGGCUACAAUAUGUUGGAAAGAGUCUCGACGACCUGGAUCGAUUAUUACCGCAGAAUACGGUCCUCUUCCACUUGAGCGACGGCAUAUACACCUCAUUCAGUGAUUCAUUGGCUGACUUCACCCCGUUGCAUCCGUUUUCGCUCCAGAGAAGCGACGUGUCUUCACAGCGAACUUUGCCAACUUCUUCCUUCGACGCCUUGCUGCGUCUAUCGAAGCUGGACGAUAGCAUCCAGGAUGCCUUGGCGACGCGAAACCAAAUAGCAAAUGACCUGGAAGACCUAUUGCAGCGUAACAAGGAGUCUUUGCUUGAGCAAGACGAAGUUGCUGAAGCUAGAGACCGCUUGAAAACCAUUGAGUUCGCCAAGAGGACUGUAGAAAAACAACUCGACAAGGCUCAAAAACAACAGGAAGAGAAGCGUGGUUCACUCGCCGCAAGAAGAAAACUCAUGCAAUCAGAUGCAUUCGCUCGAGAGGCUCAGACGCAAGAGAUGCAGGAUCAACGACCCAAGUUUCCGGAAAUGCGUCAGGAGGACAGCGCCAGGAAAAAGGAUGUCCAGAAUCAACGACGACGAAUUUGCGAGGACCUGCAAUACUGUUACCCGAUUCAACCGCUGGCAGGAAAGACUCUGGCGUUUACCAUACGGGACCUGCAUCUUCCGAAUUCCGAAGAUCUUGAUUCUGAAACUCCUGAAACAAUAUCUGCUGCGCUAGGCUUCGUGGCACAUGUGCUGCAGAUGCUGGCCUUCUACCUCAAGCAAGCCCUGCCAUAUCCAGUGUCUCCCCUGGGCAGUGUCAGUACGGUCUACGACACGAUCAGCAUCCUCAAAUCGAACACGACAUUCCCCUCUCGCAAAGGUGACGAAACUACCUUGCGGACCUACCCAUUGUUCACGAAAGGAGUCCCCCGUUUCCGCUUCGAGUAUGCUGUGUUUCUCAUCAAUCAGGACAUCCGUGUCCUGCUGGAGAAUGCAUUCAACUUGAAAGUGCUGGACAUCCGGCAAACACUACCGAAUCUGAAGUACCUGUUGUACGUUGCCACCGCCGGGGAGGGCGACCUGCCUGCUAGGAAAGCUGGUGGCGUGAGGGGCCUGAUGCGCAUGCCCGUGAUGGAGAGGGUCGGUAGCACCGAGUCCUUCAGCAGCGGCAUGUCUGGCAACACGCUUCUCGAAAAUGGCAAGCCCAAGGGUGCUGUGGAGAGAUUGAGGCAGAUCAGCGGUGGGAAGAACAAGGAAGGUAUGAAAGUGAGAUGA